UUCUAUUGCUAGGCUCUGUGGGCAGGAAGGUCAUGCUACGUUCACUGGGCACGUCUCGUGAGGCAGUCAGCGCGGAACGAGCGGCGCGUACGCACGUCGCGGCAUCACACAGUCGGAAUACGAUCGCGGGACCCAUUUGUGUCGUAAACCAAUCGUGCCCGUUACAAUAGUGUUUCAUAACCGUUCAGUGAUUGUUUUUUUUUAAAGGACAUCCCGCUUCAACGACUCUGCAAGGAGAUAACGAACGCACGUCUUACAUGCCUCGAUCGGGGUCCUGAGACAUCGAAUAUACGAGUAACAAGCCGACAAUGUGACGGGUCGCGGCAGUUUCCCGCCGAAACGAAAUCGACCACCAUCUUGAUUUUAUCAUAGACAAGUUUUACUAGUCAAGAGAUGGCGUUGUUUUGGUGCGUGGUGGCGUGCGCGCUGGCCGCUGCGUGCGCGCAGUCCAACUAUGGAUCUCAAGCGAAUAAUAUCGAGUACCAGGGCGAGGGAUUGCCUGAACAAACUGUGCUGGACGGAAAGGUCACAAAACUCGACGACCUGAGUCCAGUGAUAUUCCUAAACAGGACGAAGGCUGCUCUCAACUGCGCGGCUGGAUCGAUGCAGAUUGAGUUGAAGUUUAACGAGAAGUUCUACGGCAUAGCUUACGCUGACUUCGAUAGGAACUCGGCGUGUCAGGUGGUCGGCAAGGGAGCGCUGUCUUACAAACUAGAGCUGCCUCUCAAAGGAUGUGGAACCAAACAGGAACCUCUCCGAGUCUUCACCAACAACAUCGUGGUGCGGUUCCACCCGGGCCUGGAGAUGGAUGGAGACGAGGUCAUCACCAUCGUGUGCCGGUAUCCUCCGCCCAUCGUGCCCAAACCAGUCUUCAACCCUCUUAUUUUCACCCCUGAAGCCGGUCCACUCCCAGCUAAAGCACCGCUCGCCGGUACCCACAUCCUCAUGAUAAUCUGUGCGAUCCUGUUCCUGACGCUUCUACUCCUGGGGCUCGGAGUAUCCUACCUCUGUCUCAGGAGACGCGCGCUCCCAGCACCAAGGAGGUUCAUCGAUGACUCCUCCGCUUCAAUUGUAAGCAGGGAGAGUAUUCAAGAAGUGAAGAUCCCUCGCGCGCACCCCGUGUACCCCGUCACCGCGGAGGCCGCGAGCGUCGCGUCCGACACGAUUCCCUCGGACUACCCGUCCGAGACUCCGAGCGAAGCCGAACAAGCGCACACCAACGCUGCGUUUAUGAUGGAUGAGUCCUAUCACAGUGAAGGCUACGGUGAGACUCGUGAAGCUCUCGCAUCGAACGCGCGGCUGGUGUCGGGCGCGGCGCCGGCGUUUGAUGUGCGCGUGCGCGUGCAGCGCCCCCCCGCGCCGCCCUCGCCGCUCUCCACCAUCACACUCACCGAGACCGACGGAGGCAGCAUCAGACAAACAAUGAUGUCUGAAGAGCACGAGCGCCAAGAAUCAGUGCGCACAGUAUCACCAGUGGCUCUGCCUCUCCCAGCACGAGCCUCUCAGCUGCCGCCGCCUGAGAGACCGCCCAGACCACCCGCGGUCUACUCACAGGUGUCUAGAGACAAGCAGGACUGGGUGCGUCGGCCGCGCUCCAUCGUGUCGCUCAACACUGAGAUGACUGAUACUCACUCAGUGACCGAGGUCACUGACAGGUCCCACGCCAGGAUGUUCCAUAUCAAGAAACCUCCUCCGCCACCUCCUAUGAUGAGAGAGCGUCUGGAGACCGAAGAGCAGGAGAUGCUGAUGGAGAGCCUCGAGCCGAUCCCAGAGACACCUAUCAUGCCCGCCAGGAAACCAGAGAUCACAUCGCAUGUAGUCGACGACGUAUUCCUCCGUACGAUCACGGAGAAGAAGACGAUAGAAGACAUUGAACGUCACAAGCGUCUGGUGACGGAGUACAAGCAGGUGCCGCAGCCGCCACCACACUUCGACGUGACGAUCCGGAACCACACGGUGCCUGAAGCGCAGUGGGAGAACUUCUCAGACAUCAGCUCCGCGUCCGGAAUGACGCUGACGCCCAAGAUGGAGAGGGUCCCGCUGUCGUUGCCGCCGCAGAAGUAUAUUGGUAAAGGCGGCCCAGACCUGUUCUCCCCCGAGCUGAUUAAACAGACCGGCCAAUCAUACCAGCCGCCUCCGUCCUCCGACCUUCCCUUACUGCCGGAACUGCCUCCAGCCCGCAACCCACUGUUCAGGGACGAGGAUGAUGAAGACGUACCAGAACCCACCCCAGCACCACCAGUGCCAUCGAACUGGAGCGUUCUGACUAGAGUAUUGAAGACCGAAGCUCAAGAUGAAAUAUUAGCAGAAUCCGAACGCAACUACCGCCUGACUCGUGAAGAGCGUCUCCGUUGGCGUGAGCUGAUCACCCACGAGAGCACCCUCAGGAGAGAGCUGGCGCGCUCCAGCACUCGCGAGGAGUUCACCAGGGUCGCUCAUGAUCACCGGUUCGCACCGUUGUAUGCUCCACCGAAAUGGGAAGUCAUCAUCCGUAUUUUGGCACCGCCUCCGGAUAAACCCAAGAACCGUUACCGCAAGAAGACCGAGUGGGACUCCCGCUCCCGACGCAGCUCCCUGCCGACGUUGUACGAGUACGACAGUGAUGCCACCUCUUUGAGGGACCCUCAGAGGUCGCGAAGGUCCUCCUACCGCAGCGACCACGUUGAUAUGAGGUCGAUGUCUGAGAUGAUGGUGGACUACGCGCGCGAGCAGGCGGACACGCACUCCGAGGUGUCUGCGGGCACGCAGCUCGGGCGCUACUACGACGACGAUAGUGAUUCUGAACAUCCCUUCCACCAGAACCAGGGCUGGUCCCGCCACUCCUUGCACCGGUCGGUGAGCCAGCCGUCUCUGGCGCGCUCCGCCACCGAGGUCGUGGAGCAGUGGACGGCUCCGGAAGGUGACGUCACUCCAACACCAGGCCGCAGAGUCAGAGGACCACAAGGAUUAACAACGUUCACAUCAUCUGAGGUGAGAACCUUCCAGGCAUCUCGAGAAUGGCGCGAAUAAGAAUAUCUUACAAAAUAGCCAAGUAAAUCCGGGCCCAACUGAUAGAUGGCGCUACGCAGUUUAUCUGAGCUAUCCAAAAGAUGGCGUUGUACGCAAUAUUGUAAAUUGUAAGAAAUAUCAAGAAUUGAUGUAAUUAGCAAUGAAUCAAGAAAAUAUAUUGAAAUGAAUAUUUGUAGUGCGUUAUGCUCAAAGUUGCUUAAGUGAUAUCUUCACUGCCUUUUUAUUGAAUUUCUUUUAUUAUUUUUAGAGUUGUACCAGUCAUUUGUGACUAACUACCUGUUUUUGUGACAUAAUUAAUGUAAUACAUACGUUAUUAUAAUUUAAUAGAAAUAUUUGUGCUUGAAUAUUUUUUACCAGAAUAUUUUCUUCGUAUCUGCAUAGUAAGACUAUUUUUUCUAAUGCAUGUUGAAAGUCACCAAUAUUUUCGCCAAUACCGAUACCGAAAAAUCUGUGAAUGGUAUACAAAGGUAUAAGAUUUUCACAAAGUUUAUAAACAAUAUUUUUGACCUACUUUAAAGUUAUUGUUAUUGUAAUAAAUAUCAAUUCUACAUACUAUCAUUAUGUACAAAAUUAAAGUAAAUAUCAAUGACCUUCUUUGUUGAAUUUACAAUUUAAAUAUAAUUUAACUAACAUGUGCCAAAAUCAUUUUUAACGCUUCUUAACAAUAAAAAUUAACAAUUGUUUAAAAUAUAUAAUUUUGUGUAAAUGCAUAUAUUUGAACUAGCAACACUUUAAUUUAGUUUAAAUAAUCUAGGUAAAGGUUAUUGAAUCAUUUCUUCUGCUUUUUCUCAUCUGGCAACACUAAUAUUAGGUGUAAAUAUUUUAAUAUAAGUUGAAUGAUAUACCUAGCAGUUGAGGCAAGACACGGAAAAUGUAUACGGAUUUUUAAAAACGUUAUACAUUUAACACAUUCCGUUAUAUUUAGGUUUUUUGUUUGAAGGUCCAUACAUCCAUAGGUUUUUGUAUAUUUCUUGCCUCGAUUGCUAUGUGAGAGAGGGACUAAAAGGGCAUAGGGAAAGACAAAGUUGUGCUCAAUUAGCGGUUGUUUUAAGAUUAAAUUUUGCUUG